CUUUAAACUCCACAUCCAACUUUGAAAUGACUUUUGCGGCCAAUCACGUUCUCUCCACCAAGGGCUCAAAUCAACCACAGAUUUGAUACACGUUCAUGAAAGUGGUGCUACCAUCUAAGUAGAGGGACAAUGAAGUCCGCUGGACAUGCUUUGCUUUCUUCUUUCAAACCUCCUUAUUCUUUUCCCCAAAAAAACUAUCGCAGAUUGCCUUCAAACUUAGUCUGUGGAAUUUCAACUACUAAAUCAAGGAAAUUUAACACAUACAAUCAGAAGCAUCACUCACUUUCAAAUUUCGACAUGGUUGCUGAAAAAUAUUUACCUCCUUGGUUCAGUGUUGCCCCGAUGAUGGAGUGGACAGAUAAUCAUUAUAGGACAAUGGCUCGCCUUGUAUCAAAACAUGCAUGGCUUUAUACAGAGAUGCUUGCUGCAGAGACGAUUGUUUACCAGGAGAAGAAUUUGGACAGAUUUUUAGGCUUUUCUCCAGACCAGCAUCCUAUUGUACUUCAAAUUGGUGGAAAUAACUUGGAAAAUCUGGCGAAAGCAACUCGACUAGCAAACAGUUACGGUUACGACGAGAUCAAUUUGAAUUGUGGGUGUCCUAGCCCAAAGGUAGCAGGACACGGGUGUUUUGGUGUGCGUCUUAUGCUUGAUCCCGAGUUUGUUGCUGAGGCUAUGAAUGUCAUUGCUGCUAACACGGAUGUUCCAGUUAGUGUUAAAUGUCGUAUUGGUGUUGAUGAUCAUGAUUCUUACAAUGAACUCUGUAAUUUUAUACAUAAAGUUUCAUCUCUAUCACCAACUAGACAUUUUAUAAUACAUUCCAGAAAGGCAUUGCUGAACGGAAUUAGCCCUGCUGAUAAUAGAAGAAUUCCUCCCUUGAAAUACGAGUACUAUUAUGCUCUCCUUCGUGACUUUCCAGACCUCCGGUUUACAAUUAACGGAGGCAUAACUAGCAUUGAUGAGGUACGUGCAGCACAAAAUGAAGGAGCUCACGGUGUUAUGGUUGGUCGUGCCGCCUAUCACAAUUCAUGGUCCAUGUUAGGAAACGUUGAUACGGCAAUCUAUGGUGCACCACCUAGCGGUGUGACUCGUCGUCAGGUCUUGGAGAAGUAUCAGGUGUAUGCUGAUUCAGUCAUAGGAAUAUAUGGAAACAAUAAACCAAGUCUCCGGGAUUUGGUUAAGCCUUUAUAUGGUCUCUUUUGGGGGGAACAUGGAAAUGGAGUGUGGAAACGGAACGCUGAUUCCGCUUUCCAUCAUUGCAAGACGUUCAAAUCCUUGAUGGAGGAGACUAUGUCGGCUAUUCCUGAUUCAGUUCUGGAUUCACCUGUUGCUGAUGCGUAUUCGACUACUUGCAUAGAUAAAUUUGCCGAUUCGAAAAAUCUGCUACCGUUGCCUUAUACAGUGGAGGAGGAAGAAGAAAAACAGUUGUUGUAUGCUUAGCUUGUGAGCAUAGUACUAGUAUACUCUAUAUCAUGUUUGUGCACUAGUUGACAUUUUUGGGAAAUAGAUCAUGGCUGCAAGUUAAAGAAAAUUGACCAAAAUGGAAUGUUUAUUCAUUGACAAUCAUUUUGUUUGUUGCAUGUUAAUCACAGAUACAAGACUUCAGUUAUGAAGGCAAAAAUGACCUAAAAAUCAGUAUGUAUAUGCAUUUA